UUUGUCGAAGAAAAAGAGAUAUUCCUUCUGAAAAGUAGAUUCUUUCCGAGCAAAGUAUGCGGUUUGCCCUCAUGGCUGUCAUUGAAUCUACUUCCAAGCGCAGAGGAGCUGACAUGUCGUGUUUGUUCGAAACCAACCGUGUUUCUUCUACAGUACAGGUCUACGCACCAGAUUCUUCAAAAAGUUUCGCUUUCCAUUGAAAAUGAUAUGCCACAAGCGAUUGAGCAGCCAUCAAUGGACAUUAGUGCUGAGCUGUCGCCAGAAACUGUCAGUCAUCAUUUGCAGCCUCUUGAUAGGCCUUUGGCUCAAAGAGACUCUGAUAUGGAAUCAGACAAUGAAAAUGAUUUGCCUCAAGCGAUUGAGCAGCCAUCAAUGGACAGUAGUGCCAAGCUGUUGACAGAAACUGUCGGUCAUCAUUUUCAGCCUCCAGACAGGCCUUCAGGUCAAAGAGACUAUGACAUGAAAUCAGCCAAUGAAAAUGAUUUGCCUCAAGCGAUUGAGCAGCCAUCAAGGGACAGUAGUGCCGAGCUGUUGACAGAAACUGUAUGUCAUCAUUUUCAGCCUCCAGACAGGCCUUCAGGUCGAAGAGACUCUGACAUGAAAUCAGCCAAUGAAAAUGAUUUGCCUCCAGCGAUUGAUCAGCCAUCAAUGGACAGUAGUGCCGAGCUGUCGACAGAAACCAUCAGUCAUCAUUUGCAGCCUCCUGAAAGGUCUUCAGCUCAAAGAGACUCUGAUAUGGAAUCAGGCAAUGAAAAUGAUUUGCCUCCAGCGAUUAAGAAGUCAUCAAUGGACAGUACUGCUGAGCUGUUGAUAGAAACUGUCAGUCAUCAUUUGAAGCCUCCUGACAGGCCUUCGGCUCAAAAGGACUCUGACAUGGAAUCAGACAAUGAAAAUGAUUUGCCUCCAGCGAUUGAGCAGCCAUCAAUGGACAGUAGUGCUGAGCUAUCGACAGAAACUGUCAGUUAUCAUUUGCAGCCUCUUGACAGGCCUUCGGCUCAAAAGGACUCUGAUAUGGAAUCAGACAAUGCGAUUGAUCAGCCAUCAAUGGACAGUAGUGCUGAGCUGUCGACAGAAACUGUCAGUCAUCAUUUGCAGCCUCCGGACAGGUCUUCGGCUCAAAGAGACUCUGAUAUGGAAUCAGGCAAUGCGAUUGAUCAGCCAUCAAUGGACAGUAGUGCCGAGCUGUCGACAGAAACCAUCAGUCAUCAUUUGCAGCCUCCUGAAAGGUCUUCAGCUCAAAGAGACUCUGAUAUGGAAUCAGGCAAUGAAAAAGAUUUGCCUCCAGCGAUUAAGAAGCCAUCAAUGGACAGUCGUGCAGAGCUGUCGACAGAAACUGUCAGUCAUCAUUUGCAGCCUCUUGACAGGCCUUCGGCUCAAAAGGACUCUGAUAUGGAAUUAGACAAUGGCAAUGAAGUUGUUGAUGAUUCAGAGUCUGAUGUGGGAUCAGAAAUUUGGCCAUUUCCUUUUCUAAGGUCCAGGAAUAUCAAAAUUCAUGAACCAGAUGAAAAGGAUGAAUUCGAAGAUUGUGAUGACAAUGUUCUGGAUCCAGAUUAUCACCCUGAAGAAGACUCGCAGGAAAGUGAUAGUGACUGUGGCAACUUGAGAGAUAACUUUGGGAAAACAGGGAAAAAGAAACAGGUGCAUAGACCAUGUUAUUGUCAAGAGAAUGCUGCAUUGCUUGAUGCAUUUUCCUCCUACCUAGUCCCGAACUGCAGGCAUCUACCUAGGGAAAACGGGAGAUAAUGAAAGUUCAGGACAACUGCAAAGCACUUGGAAACAGAACAUGGAUGAACAUCAAGUAUCAGCUGAAAUAAUGCAGUGUAAAAUUUGAGUGUGAUUGACAUUUGAUAAAACUUAGGAGGGACAUUUCUGAAAUUCUGAGAAUGUGUGCAUAUAUUGUUAACUUCUACAGCCUUCUCCCUCUUUAGACUUAGAAAAUCAGAAAAAUAGAUAAGAAGACUGCACCAGGAAGGUGAUACUCUUGUUUUUGUGAUUGGAUGAAUAACACAUUUGGGAAAAAAUUAUGUUAAAGAAAUAUUCAAUGGGACAUCAUCACAUGGGUUUUGGGUCCUGAUUCUAUUAUUGUUUCCUGUCUCAUAUUAUUUGAUUGAAAUAUUUUACUGAUUGUAAAGUAUUGUGUUAGGCAAAUUCAAGAGUUUGUAUGUACAUGAUGUAUGUAAAAAUAUGUGUAUGAGGGUCAUUUAAAAAGUCUGCAGCAUUGCCAUAUUUUUGUAAUAACUUAUUUAAAGGUAUAUAUGUACGUUUGUCUGUCAGGUCAAUCUUUUGAGUGCAACUACUACAGUUUUGCAUGGAUGGCUUUCAAAUUUGGUAGAGCAACUAGACAUGAUGUAAUUAAUUAUGUUUGAUCAAUAGUGUCGUAUUUUAAGAACUGUUGCAGUCUUUUCCAAUACCUCUUGUAUAAGUGUAUAUAUAUGUUGUUUUUUUACAUUAAAGUUGGAACACCCAUUCAUUUAAUAUAGGCUGAUAAAGAAAGAAAUUCAGCAAUUUAUCCAUAACCCUAAGACUUAGGGCUUUGAUACUUUGUGUGUGUUUUUCUAAGUUGGCUCACCGAUUAUUGUCUUCUACCGGUUUCACCGGAGGGGACUUGUGGUUUGUGCUCUGUGUGUCUGUCUGUCUGUCGGUCCAUCACACUUUUCUGGAUCCUGUGAUAUACUUUAAAAGUUCUUCAUAUUUUUCACGAAACUUGAAACAUAGAUAGAUGGCAAUAUAGAUAUUAUUCAAAUCAUUUCAUUUUGUUCCUACAUCAAAAAUUCUGGUUGCUAUGGCAACAAAUAAAAAAAUCAAUAAAAAUUCUGACAAUUGUGGAGCUGGUAUGGGACAUAUAUUGCUUGGCAGUAGUCUUGUUUAACAUAAGCUGAUAAAGAAAGAAAUUCAGCAAUUUAUCCAUAACCCUAAGACUUAGGGCUUUGAUAUUUUUUGUGAUUUUUAUGUCCCCCACCGCUAUAUUGUUUUUGCCCUGUCGGUUGGUUGGUUUGUUGGUUGGUUUGUUUGUUUGCCCCAACUUUAACAUUUGCAAUAACUUUUGCAAUAUUGAAGAUAGCAACUUGAUAUUUUGCAUGCAUGUGUAUCUCAUGGAGCUGCUUAUUUUGAGUGGUGAAAGGUUAAGGUCAUCUUUCAAGGUCAAAGGUCAAAUAUAUAGCUUCAAAGCGGCGCAAAAGGGGACAUAGUGUUUCUGACAAACACAUAUCUUGUUUUGUUUAAGUUGGCUCACCCAUUUAUUUAACAAAGUCUGAUGUAGAAAGAAUUACAACAAUUUACCCAUAACCCUAAGACUUAGACACAUGUUAUCAUACCUCACAGAAUAUGCCAAUGCACAUUUCACCUAGGCCUAUAAUGCAGAACUCUGUAUUAUUUAUAUUAUGGGUCUAAGUGACUGUUUGUAAUAAAAAUAUGCCAUGAAACUUCUGAAAAAGAACAAAUGUUCAACCAUUUAACAAUGUUUUUCUAGUAUAUAUCAAUUUUUCAAUAGUUACACUAUAUACAUGCUGCUUGAAAUUUGCUGUACUGAUGAUACAUAUAAACUGUACUUUAAUUAUUGUUCAAAUGUUGUUCCCAUUGUCCAGUCUUUUACAAUGUAAGGUAUUUUUGUAUUGGUAAGAAACAUUAAGAAUUAUUAUGGACAUGUGUUGCUAGUUUCAGUAUAAUGAUAAUUUUGAUUUUUUUUUUACCAUUGUAAUAGGAACCUCAUAUGACGAAUUUUAUGUUAUAAAAGAACAAAAUGAAGAUAAACCGCAUGCUCAAAUGUGAAAACCGCUAUAUCUUUCCCGACACCAAAAUAAUAUGCUCUUGAAAAACCUUGAAGCAGAACUUUGUAACGAGAAUUGUGAUGUUAUUAACAUUGUGUUCAUAUUCAUAUUCUGAUGUUAUUUUGAAAGGUCAAACAUACUUAAAAUGAUAUAUUUGUAUAGCUAAUAGUUGAAAGUCCUUUAGUGUGUCAAAAUAUAAAAGAAUUAACUCAUGUUAUUGUCAUGGUUUAAAAUGCUACGAAUGAUAUUAUUCUUUUAUAAAGCGUACUGCCCAAAAAUAAACACUAUGUGAAUAGUCACUCUGGAGAUUGACUCCAUGUAUAUCUUUAUAUGUAACACGUUUUAUAUUGAACAUUUGGUUGAAUGUUUUAAGACAUCUUUUUUAUUAAUCUUUCUAAAGGCAGUGAAAAGGUAUUAUACCUUAGCAUUGGGCAGUGUAAAGCUUGAGCAUUGGCUAUAAAUCAGUUACUGAAAGACAAAAAUCCUUUAAAAUUAAUCCCUUAUGCUGGCUGUUACGAUAGACUGCACAUGUUUUCGACUUUGGCAAUUUUGAUAUUGUUGGAUAAGCAUUUACCACAAUUAAGGACGUGCUCCUGUUGUUUUUUUCAAAGUUGUAAGUCUAACAUAGUUUUUAGUUUAACAUAAGUUUAUGUUUUGUUAUUAUAAUGCAAAGGCUUUUUAUGCCCCCGAAGGAGGGCAUUUAGUGAUUAGACUGUCCGUCUGUCUGUCCGUCCGUCUGUCUGUCCGUCACACUUUUGCGUUAAGGUUUUAAAAAAUGCUCAUUACUUCUAUGUCGCUUCAGAUGUAACCUUCAUAUAUGGUAUGCAUGUUUCUAUGGACAAGAUCUUUCCAUACGCACAAUAAUUUUGACGCCUUUGACCUUGAACUUAGGGUCUGCGUUUAGGUUUCAAAAUCUGUGUUUAGGUUUCAAAAAAACGUUUUUCGGGGGCAUAUGUCUUCCAAUGGAUACUGCUCUUGUUAUUUAUUGAACCUUCACUUGUUUGUGUUAAAAUGAUAAGAAAAUUCAAGCCUUAGUUUCUUUCUGUUGUUUUAUGUAUGGUAUUAUAAAUUGCAUUUUAUUAUUUAAUAGCUCGGCGUUUUUGGAGAAAACCUGAGGUAUUGUCAUAGCCAGCUCGUCGUAUCGUCCGCCGUCCGCCAUCCGCGUCGUGCAAAAACUUUAAACUUGGCUCUAAAAUCAAAGUGCUUCCACGUACAACUUUGAAACUUCACAUGUAGAUGCACCUUCAUGAGUUCUACAUGCCACACCCAUUUUGGGGUCACUAGCUUAAAGGUCAAGGUAACUGUGACCUCUAAUAUAAAACUUUAGCAUAGGCUCUAAAAUCAAAUUGCUUCCACUUACAACUUUGAAACUUAUUAUGUAGAUGCAUCUUGAUGAGUUCUACACGCUACACCAAUUGUGGGGUAACUAGGUCAAAGGUCAAUGUCAUUGUCACCUCUAAUAUAAAACUUUAACAUAGGCUCUAAAAUCAAAUUGUUUCCACCUACAACUUUGAAACUUUAUAUGAAGAUGCACCUUGAGGAGUUCUACACGCUUCACCCAUUUUGGGGUCACUAGGUCAAAGAUCAAGGUCAUUGUGACCUCUAAAAAAAAAUCUGACAAGCACUCGUAGCCGAGCUUUGCACCCGUUAUGCGGUGCUCUUGUUUAUUUUUUCAAAGGACCAUGACUGGAAUAAAAGCUGAUCUCUCA